CGCCGCAGGUGCGCUGCCCCCCCCGGCCUGCCGCCCGGUGAGCGGGCAGCCCCCGGGGAUGCGGGCGCAGCGCUAGUGGGCCGCCAUGGAGGGGCCGAGCGGGUCCAGCUUCGGGAUAGACACCAUCCUGUCCGGCGGCAGUUCUGGCAGCCCCGGCGUCAUGAACGGGGACUUUCGGCCGCACGGCGACGGCCGGCCCGCGGAUUUUAGGAGCCAGGCCACGCCGUCCCCCUGCUCGGAGAUCGACACCGUGGGCACGGCGCCCUCGUCGCCCAUCUCGGUGAGCAUGGAGCACCCCGAGCCGCACCUGGGGGUGGCGGAGAGCCUCCCGCCGCCGCCGCACCACCUCCACCUCGGCCCGCACCCGCCGCCGCCGAGUUUGCAGCCGUCUCCCCCGCAGCCGCCGCCGCCCCAGCUGGGCUCGGCCAGCUCCGGCCCCAGGACUUCCACCUCCUCUUUUUUAAUUAAGGACAUUUUGGGCGACAGCAAACCGCUGGCGGCGUGCGCACCUUACAGUACCAGCGUCCCCUCUCCCCACCACACCCCCAAGCAGGAGGGCAGCGUGGCCCCGGAGAGCUUCAGGCCGAAACUCGAGCAGGAGGACAGCAAAGUCAAGCUCGACAAGCGCGACGACACGCAGGGCGACAUCAAAUGCCACGGGACAAAGGAGGAGGGCGACCGGGAGAUCACGAGCAGCCGGGACAGCCCGCCGGUGCGGGCCAAGAAGCCGCGGAAGGCGCGGACAGCUUUCUCCGACCACCAGCUCAACCAGCUGGAGCGCAGCUUCGAGCGCCAGAAGUACCUGAGCGUGCAGGACCGCAUGGACCUGGCUGCCGCCCUCAACCUCACCGACACGCAGGUGAAAACCUGGUACCAGAACCGCAGGACGAAGUGGAAGCGGCAGACGGCGGUGGGACUGGAGCUGCUGGCCGAGGCCGGGAACUACUCGGCCCUGCAGAGGAUGUUCCCCUCGCCUUAUUUCUACCACCCCAGCCUGCUGGGCAGCAUGGACAGCACGACGGCGGCCGCGGCCGCCGCGGCCAUGUACAGCAGCAUGUACCGGACUCCCCCCGCGCCGCACCCCCAGCUCCAGCGGCCGCUGGUGCCGCGGGUGCUUAUCCACGGGCUGGGACCCGGCGGGCAGCCGGCCCUCAACCCCCUGGCCAACCCCAUGCCGGGCACCCCGCACCCCCGGUGAAGCAGCACCGCGGUCCCCGCAACGAGCCCUUCCCCUCCCCGUCCCCAAACAAGCCCCAGCACCGCAGAGAAGGAAACAAGGGGAAGCCGAGGGGCAGGAGCGUCUGCAGGCAGCCACCAGCCACCGAAGGAGGCGAUCAGUCAGAGCAGGGACUCUUGAACCGUGAACCCCGAGCCGAGCCCGUAAGUGAAACGACCACACGCGGGGGAACGCGGGCAGAGCCACGGGGCGCCCCGCCGACCUCGGCUCCUGCGAGACAGGACUUAGAGCUCGGAGACAGAGAGAGGGGGAAGGAGGGGGAGGAAGAGAGGGCGAGGGAGCCCGCCGCAGAGCCUGACCGCUGGAGAGGACCGAGGGAUGAGCGAGCCUCGCCCCCGCCCGUCGGAGAAGACCGGGGGAACAGAGAACUUUGCACUGAUUUUUCUCAUGACGUUUUUUUUUUUUCUUAUUGAAAAGUGGCAUGCUCCCUAAUGCGAACAGAAUUGUACAGACCGAGUGCUGAGUGCUAUAUCAUAUUUAUUAUAUGUUGUCCAAAAAAAAAAUCACUUCUAUACGUUAGUUUAAAACGAACGAACGUGGUUCUCCCCUCUCUCUUUUCAUGUCUUUUUGGAUUCAGUAAAAUAAAUGCUUAGAUGACAAAAUAUAGAUUUUUUUGUGACUGAAAAAUUACAGGGAAAAAAGAAAAAAAAAGAAAUAAACUUUAUCUUUUUUUAACAAACGUGGAAAUUCAAGGUAGCUAAUUUUCCCCGUGACGAGAAUGCAAGAAAUUCGGAGUAGAAAAGGCAAACGCCACUUUUUUUUUUUUUUCUUUAUUUUCG